AUGCCAACUACGAAUGGCAACCAAUCGUCUCUUCGUGCAGACGCUCUGCGUCGAUUAGAAACGGAACUCAACGACAUGGUCAAAAAGGGAUACAUCAAUAUCUCGCCUGUUCACCACUUUAAGCUGGAUGAAGAUGGAGUUCCCAAAGUGGCCCCGAAUCCGGUCCCUCAAGUGUCUUCGGAAAGACUAAGCUUGACAACUUGGAAACUUUCCCAUCACACCAAGAGCUCUGGACGGCCAUUAGGGAGUGUCAUGAUGAAACUAUGGAAGACUACACCUGACAAUCUCGCACCACGCAUCGGCCGUAUUGUUGGCCCAUGCGACAAAACAAGAAACUCCACAGGCACCGCAUCCGACGAACUUAAAAAACUCUCCGGCCAACAUCUCGGCCUCUUUGCCUUGGUUUCUGUAAUCCACCGUUGCUAUGACAGAGCCUUAAAUAGCAAUAGUCUCAGGCAAACAGACGUGCAGGGAGUCAGGGAUGUGCAAUGCCUACGAGUUUUGAUCAAGGCAGUUUCGCAUGCGAACCCCAAGGACAACCUUGAUGCAGAAGUGUUUCUGUCUCUAAAGAACAGACUCGACGACAUCGCGAAUGGGUGUCGUGAUGGAUCUCCGGCCUACUAA